AUGUUAUUUGCAGACGAUAGCUAUUUAUUUUGUCAAUCAACUACUAGUGUUGCCGGCAGUGUCUCAAACUUGCUCAAUCAAUUUGAAACUGCAUCUGGACAAAAGGUGAACUUUUCUAAGUCUACUAUGUUCUUCAGUCCUAAUACGUGUCCUGCAACUCGUGUCCAGAUUUGUGAUAUUCUCCAUAUGCCUGAAGCCUCUGAAGGAAGCCUCUAUCUGGGACUUCCAAACAUUAUUGGGAGAAAUAAAAAUGUUGUACUAGGAUUUCUGAAGACCAAGGUAAUAGCAGGAAUUAAUAGUUGGGAUUGUAAACUUCUUUCUCGUGCCGGCAAAGAAAUCCUAUUGAAAAUUGUUGUCCAAUCGCUCCCCACAUAUCCUAUGAGUGUUUUCCUCCUUCCACUUGGCACAUGUAAUGAAAUUGAAAAACUUAUGGCCCGAUUUUGGUGGAAGACAUCUUCUAGUAAAGGGAAAGUUAUUAUUUGGAGGUCUUGGGAUCAUAUGGCUGCUCAUAAAUACGAUGGUGGCAUGGGUUUUCGGCACUUGCAUGAUUUCAACAUUUCCAUGCUUGCUAAACAAGCCGCUCUUGGGACUAUGACCUUGUACGAGAUGUUCAAUAAUCGAGAUUCUGAUAUUAUUUUGGGCAUCCCACUAAGCUCAAAUGUCUCCAUUGAUACAUGGUCUUGGGAGGGGGAAAGAACAGGCGAGUUCUCGGUCAAAAGUGCUUAUAACAUGCUCCAACAACAAAAGCGUACCGAAGAGAUGGUUGAAAACUCAAUCUUCUAG